CAUGGAGCCGUCAGCCCUGUGAAAGAAACUCGGGUUAUAGGGGUUAUAAUGCUGUGACCUUCAGGAGGGGAUUUCAUUUGAGUUAAAGUUCUGACCUGCAGACGGGCCGAUAGGGGGCGCUAGCACUCAGGUUACGCUCAUUACUGUCCUAAAGCACUCGGAGAGUAAAGCUGGAGAAGACUGGAACCAGUCCAACAUGUUGGGACAUGUCCUCAGAGCUGCUGCUGUCUGUCCAACUUAUCUUGUCCUCUGUUGUCUCUCAGUCCAACAGGUGGAGGUGGAAUCAGGGGUGGAGUCUGUCCUGCUGCCCUGCAGAACCACAGGGAGUCUGGAUGGAGACGUUAGAGUGGAGUGGAUGGACAGAGACAACAGGAAGGUCCAUGUGCAUCAGAACGGUUCUGAUCAGGCUGGAGAUCAGAACAGAUCCUACAGAACCAGAACCARGAUGGAGGAAGAUCCACUGAGAACCGGAGACCUCAGUCUGACUCUGAGACGGCCCACUGACGAAGACAGCAACAUCUACACCUGCAGCGUCUGCAAAGGGGACGGAGACGUCCUGAUGAAGAAACAAGUAAAGCUCCAGGUCAAAGUCUGUCAGGUGGAGGUGGAGGAGGGGGCGGAGUCUGUCCUGCUGCCGUUCAGAACAACACCUGGCCUGCCUGGAGACGCCACAGUGGUGUGGGGACGUAUUGAUCCAGAGCCAAAAAUGAUCGUUCACAUGUACUACAGCAGUUCUGACCAGCCUGAUGACCAGGAUGAGUAUUUUAGUACCAGAACCAAGAUGGCUGACGACCUGCUGACGUCUGGGGACCUCAGUCUGACUCUGAGGCGUCCCACAGUGAGAGACAGUGGACAGUACGAAUCCUGUAUAGACAGUGGGCAGAUCUGGAGAAAGAAAACCAUUUUGCUCAAAGUCAAAGGGACAGUCCCGGUCCAGGACCAGCUGCAGGACAUCCGGACCAGAAGUGGUUCUGUUGAUCCGACUCCUCUCAUGGCCGAAGAAGCUGUCUGAUCGACAUAUUGAUCACUGACUGUAAAUCCAUCUGACUUUGGAUCAGAGUGAAAUCUCAGGAUCUGGCAGGAUGAAAACUAUUUUUAUCUGCUCAGUCUUGGUGUCCAUCCGUGUGAACGCUAACUGACCUCUGACCUCUGGUCCUCCAAACCUCGGUCUGGUUCGGUUUGAAUGUCAACGUCAAGCGGACCAGAG